AUGACUUCAGACUCGACGAGAACAUCAAUAAAACCAGAAAAGACUGUAUGUGUCUUUUGUGGAUCAAGUUUUGGGAGCAAACCCAAGUUUGCUGAAGAUGCGGCUAAGUUAGGAAAGACAUUAGCUGAUAAAAACUGGGGAUUGGUUUAUGGCGGAGGAUCUACCGGUCUUAUGGGGGCAGUUGCGGAAGGAUGCGCCACUAAUGGGGGAUAUGUUCAUGGAAUUAUUCCCGAAGCAUUGAUCUCCAGGGAAAGAACUAAGGAGACAAGUGAAGAAGUGAACGAUAAGUUGAAGUCUUCUAUUGACAAUCACAACGGAUCAACCCCAAUCCCAGAUUCAGAAAAAUAUGGACACACUACUUUAGUUAAAGAUAUGCAUACUAGAAAGAGAUUAAUGGGUAAAGAGGCAGACGCAUUUGUUGCACUUCCAGGUGGAUACGGGACGUUAGAAGAAUUAAUGGAGAUGGUUACAUGGUUCCAAUUAAACAUUCAUAACAAGCCUAUUGUUGUUUACAACAUGGAUGGAUUCUAUGACAACUUUUUGACAUUCAUUCAAGAUUCGAUUGACUCGCAGUUUGUUUCGGUUAAGAACGGCGAGAUCAUGAAAGUUGCCACCACUGCGGAGGAAGUUGUGGAAGCAAUUGAAAACUACGUGAUUCCUGAAGGUAGAUUCGACUUGAAAUGGGAGGAUAUUUAG